AUGCAGCAGAGGGCGGGGAGCUGUUGGAGCCCAAGCACAGCUCAACCUGUCUACAUGCUUAUUGUGUAAAUCUUUAAAAAGCAAUUAGCCGCAGCAGCAUCCAAACCUUCCCCACUGGCCGCAGGAGAGACACAGUUUUGGAAACAAGUGCUCCAGAUUAGCAGGCAUCAUCAUCCUCAUCCUCAGCCAUGACUGACAGGAAAGCUGUGAUCAAGAACGCGGACAUGUCCGAGGACAUGCAGCAGGACGCCGUGGACUGUGCCACGCAGGCCAUGGAGAAGUACAACAUAGAGAAGGACAUUGCAGCCUACAUCAAGAAGGAGUUUGACAAGAAGUACAACCCCACCUGGCACUGCAUCGUCGGGAGGAACUUCGGCAGCUACGUCACCCACGAGACGAAGCAUUUCAUUUACUUUUAUUUGGGCCAAGUGGCCAUCUUGCUCUUCAAGUCUGGCUGAGAAGUUUCUGAUGGGUGUUGAGUUUUAUUCUCCCCUGAACCUAAAUCGGAAAUGCACUGGUGGCUGAUGUCUCCCAUACACUAAUAAUGACAUACCAUAACAAUGCAAAACCGGCCGUGCGCAAUUGCAUGGACUAUACACUAUUUAAUAUGUAUGUUACAGUAAGUUUACUUUUCGAUAGUUGCCAUUUGAAUGCAACUGAAGUAGUUUUUGUUGAUGCUGUUAACUUCUAGGUUGUAAAACAUUUCAAUGUGGCCCUUGAUUGUAUAAAUAAAGAGGAAAGCUGUCGAAUGUAGUGGUGCAUCUGCUUUCCUUCACGAAUGGCAUUUGAAGACCCUGUUAUGAGACUCUGUUGGUUUAGAUGGUAACAUCAUACUGUGUGCACCAGUUUAACAAUCCAUCAUCGAGAUUUUAACGUGUGGUCAUGAAAAGAAGAUGAAUAAUGGGGCAAAUAUUUUCUGAGUUUAGUUUAUUAAUGCUGUCUUAUGGAUUUAAAGGAUUUAUGUUGUGCUGGAGAUGCACGUGGUUCAAAACUUAUUUUUUCAAUUUAAUGCAAAUCCCCAACUGAAGUGAAAUUUUAGCAGCUGUGAUUGGAAAAGAUGUCACAACAUCCAACACACUUGACAUUUCAGAACCAACACGAGCCAGUGCAGACGUUUCCGGGGAUUUUUAGUUUGUCAGCACUUAGAUUUUCACUGUGAAGGACCAUAGAGCGACCUGAGCCUGUAAUGUUCGAGCUAUAACGCUACAGACCGGUUUCCACCAUCUCCCAACUCACCUACCCAGAUUUCCGUCUUAUUAUCCUGUGUUCCUGCAUGUUUGGAGGAUAAUGACCACAAUUUAUUUAACUGGAGCCAAAUUAUUUGCUUUAUUUCACUUUUACUUUUGAGUAUUUAGAUAUUGGACUGAGUCGAAGUGUGUCUUGUCCCAGUUAUUGCUGUGAAGCAGCGUUAGAACGUGUUUUAGCUGAAACAUCUGCAGUAAACUCUACCGAGGCUACAAAUCUCCCCCUUUGUGUUUCAGAUGAUUGUGUUGUCUCACGUGGCUUGUGAUAUUUUCAAGUUGCCCCCCUACCUUUAGUUUUGCAUUGCCAGUGUACUGCCAGACAUGCAGGAAAAGAAGAAGUAUUUGGAGUUUGGACUUCUUAAAGCAACAGAAAGAUGGUUUAUCUCUUCAUCUAUCACAGAUUUUUCAUUUUGCAACUUCAGUAUAGUUGGUUUGAAAUGGCAAUGCACGAUGUUUGGAUCCUGAUUUAAUGUGUUGUUUGGGAGGACAGAUUGUGGAGGAUUUUAGUCCGUGGAGCUGGAUAACACCACACAUUUCUAAAGACUGAAUGUUUACUCAGUUGUUCACUCCCAUAUGUCAGCUAUGGGCGAAAUGUGUAUCUCUCAAAGUGUUAGCUUGGAUUGACUUUUUUUUUCAAGGGAUGUCUUCCUAAUUAUUGUUGAUGUAAACUGAUUUAGUAUUGUUUUUCCUCUGGCAUGUAUUUUUGCUGUGUAUAUGUAGGAGCCGUUCCGAUGCUGUUAAAUUUGCACAAAACGUGUGCCUGUCAUUGCUCUCAACUGUAACUGGCUUGAGUACAAUUGCACUUCAUUAGAAAUAUCCAGUAGGUUGCUACAGAACCAAAAUCGUAUAAACUCAAAUAAAAAUUAAUUGUUGACUUAUUA